AUGGUAAAUUUUCGGACUUUUUUCAGUCUUGUUUUAUUUUUAAUUUUCUUCUAUUUAUUUUUCAGAAAAGCAGAUGAAGAGAAUUUGUAAGUUUAUCAAGUCAGCUUUCAAAAGUUUUGUUUUUUUUUCAAUUUUUAGCGAACAUCUUCCACAUUUUGAACAACGCGAUGAUUAUAAAGCAUUUAUAACAAGUUCAUAUUUUUAUGAAAAAUCAGAAAGUUUAGGCGAUAAUGCUUUUGCACUUGUUAUGUCAAUGACAGGAAGUAAAAUAAGAAAAGGAUGGAUGUCUUUAGAACAAUGGAAUUUUCUAAAUGUUCCUAUUUUAACAAUUCGUGCUAAAAAUGCGACAAAUUCAAUUGUCGUCAGAACAAAAUUUUUAAGAAUCACACCACAUGAAAUAUGUGAGAUAAUUUCAAUUUUCGCUACUUUCACAUUGAUCCCGAAUAUAACAACAAUUUCAAUGAUUGGCGAUAAUGGAAUAACCGAUAUUCCAAUUCAAAUUCCAUCGAUGGAAAAACACGAUGUUGUGAUUUGCAUAAAUCCAAUGUUUUUAGGAGAACAGUGGCAAAAUUUCUUAUUCAUUUCUCAUUUAUACAGAAAAUUUGAGGGUUUCAUCAAUUUAUAUUAUAUCAGUGCUAUUGAAUCAUUUUAUUAUCUUAUGAAAGAAUAUGAAAAAGAAGUAGCGAAUUCAGAAACAAAUUAAAAAGAAAAUAAACAUUUCAGGGUUAUCUAACUAUUCAACCAUGGGCUAGUGUCAAAUUCAGAGAUGUUCCUCAAAAUAUUAUUGAUCCAUACAGAGAAAUUGAAUAUACAAAUCAAGCUAGUGCAAAUACAGAUUGCUUGUUAAAAUAUAAGGUAAGUGAUAUUACAAAUCUAAAGACCUCAAGAGCAUUUAGGAAACUGCCAAAUUUAUAACAUUUUUGGAUUUAAACGAAAUAAUAAUCCCAAGACGCCUUCCAACAUUUUUACAAGAAUUUCAAUCUGCGGUUUGGAAUUGGAAAAAAACGGUUUAUAUAUACUAUCACAAAGAACAUGUUGAAGCUUUAACAGUUCGUGAUGCAAAUAUCUAUUCAUUCUCAAAAAUGUUCAAAUCUAUGAAACAGACAGAAAUUUUUUUACCUGGUAAAAUUAUAUUAAAUCCAAAAAAUGCGAAUUAUACUUGGUUAUACGGUCCGCCAAUAAUUCCAAACGGUUUUGGUACUGUGAUGAAUCGUAAAACUGCACUAAUCAAUAUGAAAAUAAAAUGGCUACAUCAUCAUAAAGAAGAUGUGCAAGAACGACAGUAUGAUUCAGCUCUGGAUAAUUAUAUGAGCUCUGAUGACUUAGCUGAUAUUGACUCAGAAAUAAGAAGGUUUGAAACAUUUUUAAAAAUCUGACUUCUAAUUCGAAAAUAAGUUCAGAUUAUUAGCAAAACCAAGUCUCUCAAAAAUCCUUCCAAAUCUUCCAAAUUAUCAUUAUUAUGAAGAUAUUAUAUCUCAAUGUUAUUUUUUCAAUCGAACAAAAAUUAGUUAUCAAAAAUGCCCUGGUCCACAAUUAUGCCACGUAUGUUUUUUUUUCAAAAAUUGAAUUCAUGAGGAUAAUUGUUCAGAUCAAACAAAGAAAAUCAGUAAAUUGUAUUCGUGUGACAGCAGACUAUCCAAAGACUUCAAUAAUGAAACCUAUUCGAUAUUUUUAUUCAACAAAUCCAAAAUUCGUUUUGGAAAAAGGGUGUCAUCCUCAUUAGAAUAACUUUUAGUUCUGCUUUUUACUGAUCUUUCUCGAAGAUUUUAGUCAUUCAAUAAAUUUAAAUCAAAAUUUAAUAUCGGAAAUUGUUCUAUAUACCAGUAAGAUUAGUUUGAGAUAAAAUAUUUUCUGGUCACUUUAGGGAUGAAAUGGAACUUAUUGAUUUUUACGUAUUUUAUUUAUUAUUUUGGUAGAACAUAUUAUAUUUUAUUAUCAAAAUCAAAUAACACAAGAAUUCUUCAACACACUCAUACUUUUAUUCAUUCAGUUUAUUAUUAUAAAAAUUCAAAAUCGUAAGUUUCAGCCGGUUUUUUCGAAAUAAACUGAAGAAAAUUUAGACUUGGAAAAAAUGCCAUCGCAAUAGUUGCAACUAUGAAUAAAAGAACUGUGCCAAUUAUUACAGAUAUGAAAAUUGAUUUGAUUGCCACCGAUUCUGAUGGCAAUCAAAUGAAGACGAAAGCGACUCUAACUAGGUAACAUUUUGAAGAUUAUCUGCAUUUAUAAAGCAAUUUUAGCGAAAACUUGCUUUCUGAGCGAUGUGAUUAUCUGAUGAUUCUUGCUCAAGCCAACACUCUCAACAAUAUGGCAAAACUUGAAAUUGAGUCAGUUGGUUCUCGAACACUUAUUCCAUUCAAAUAUCCUAUUCGAAAAGCUUCAAAACCAGUAAUAUUUUGCGUUUCUCCACAAUUUGCAGCUGAACAAUGGCAAGUUUUUCUAACUCAAGUACAUAUUGCAAAAAAGUAUGGAGCACAUUUGCAUAUUUAUGUUGUUAGUAUGAUAGAAUCAUAUUUCGAAUUGCUUCGAGAAUACGAAAAACUAGUUAGUUUGAAUAAGAAUUUCUUACAAAGUUUCAUAUUUUUAGGGUUACAUCUCAAUUGAGCCAUGGUUAACAAUAAAAUUCGCAGAACAUAACGAACCAGUGCUCGAACCUAACAGUAAUGUUGAACUUCGUGCACAAACAGCUGCACAUACAGAUUGUAUUUUGAUGUAUAAAGAAUCUGCGAGUUUUAUUGGGAGUCUAGAUCUCGAUGAUAUUCUUAUCCCAAUUAAUUCACGCUCUUACUAUGAAGAAUUUGAAAAAGAACAUAUGAAUAGCAUUUUGAUAAGUGCUGUAAAUUAUGUGAAACGAGAUUAUGAAACUGUCAAAAGUCCAUUUUUGAAUGAGUUUUCGAUAACUAAUAUUCUCAAAUAUUCAAAACCUUUGAACACAAAUGAUACUGGUAAAUCAUUUGCUCGUCCAACUCGCUAUAAUUCAUCAUGGGCUCAUUGGAGCAGAAAUGCUGAUUUAGUUCUUCAAUAUUUGACACCUGAUAAUUUUCAACCGGUUUACAGAAAAAUCAAGUUUAAAAAUAGUGGGAUGUUUCAUAUAAAAACAAUAAAAUUUGCGGAUAGACCAACAUUGUAUCAACGAAAAGAAGCUGAUUUGAAGUCAAUUAUAAAUUUAGUAGAUUUAGAAGAAAUCGAAAUGGAUUUGAAAAAGUUUGUUUGAACUUUUUUAUUUAAAAAAAGGAAAAAAACUACAGACAUUUGAAUCUUCCACAAAUUAAAAGUAUUUCAAAUCGUUUACCGAAAGAUGAUUUCUACAUUAAUAUAAUUUUCAAUUGUUACAAUCAAUCAUUUUAUCACAUGCGCGACACCGAUAACUUUAAUCCCGAUUUCACUUGUGUCAAUGCUUAUUAUUGUGAACUACCACAAAGAGAUGAAUAUCCUUGUAUUCAUUCAGAUGCUAAUUAUAAGUCAGGUCCAUCAAUGAUUCCUAUUACAUAUCAUUUUGCUGAAAAUCAUGGUUUUAGUAGGAAUAUUGGAUGUUAUCAAUAA